CCUGUCUGUUGCUGUGUUGCCCGGCGACAGACUGGCGACCUGUCCAGGUGACCCGUUAGCUUGAGAGGCAGCAGCUCCUCCUGACCCCACAAGGUGUUAGAAAAUGGAUGGAUGGAUUACUAGGAGAGAACACACCUGUUCCCAUCGCUGCCUCUACUCUGACACCCCUAAAUAAACAGAAGCCAACUCUUCCAUCUGGUUUCACAUGAGGCUCCUGAUCAGGUGCGCAGAGAAAGUCCAGCUUCCUGCGGUCCGCCAGCCCGGCUGCUGAGUGGGCGGAUGGAGAGGAGGAGGAAGAUCCUUCACCCCAGGGACACCUCUGAGUCUGACCGCUGAGGAAGAGGAGGAGGCCACGUCUUCCUCACCCUUCCUGUGUGAUGGUGUGUUGGAUCACACAUGUAUCAUUAGGCAUCAUUAAGCUCAAAUUAUACAGAGGAGCAGAAAGACAGAUGCUGCUGUUGGCACAUUAUUUUACUCUGCUGCCCCCCCACAGGCUGAGGAGGAAGAGGAUGAGGGAUUAAAGGAAGAGCUUCAUCGCUGUUGACAUUGCAGAUGAACGUGAAGCUGAGCGACGAAAUAUUAGAAAUAUCAGAAUCUGGAGCAGCGAGACGCAGACAGGAGGAGUGGAUCACUCACAGGGAGUCCUCCUCCUCUCCCUCCUCCUUUUCCUCUCCCUCUUCCUCUUCAUCCUCCUCUUCCUCUCCCUCCUCCUCCUCCUCUUCCUCCUCCUCCUCUUCCUCCUCGCUGCUCGCUGCCCGUCUCUCCACCUGUUAGUGCAGACCCUCCGUCUUGUUUGUGCAGGAAUCUCCUCCACUCCCACAAUCAAAGACUCUAUGACGGUGCAGAGAGGAAAGAAGCUCAGCAUCUCCAUCCAGGAACACAUGGCCAUAGACGUCUGUCCUGGUCCCAUCAGACCCAUCCGGCAGAUCUCCGCCUACUUCCCCCGCCUCUCCCCCACCUCCCUUAACCCCUCCUCCUCCCCGGUGGCCCUCAGCCCCCCCGCUGUGGCGGCGCCGGUGGGCGGGGCCAACCUGCUGUCGCCGCUGCGGACCCAGUGGGGGCAGGGCGGGUCGUCGUCCCAGAACAGCAGCAUGGAAACGUCGGUGGACAUCAACAGCGAGGACAGCGACGACAGCACCGCUCUGGGAACGCUGGAGUUCGAGCUGCGCUACGACAUGAGCUGCAGCGAGCUGCACUGCACCGUGCUGCGGGCCAAGGGUCUGAAGCCCAUGGACUUCAACGGUUUAGCUGAUCCCUACGUCAAGCUGCACCUGCUGCCUGGAGCCAGCAAGGCCAACAAGCUGAAGACGAAGACGAUCAGAAACACCCUGAAUCCCUUCUGGAAUGAGACGCUGACCUACUCUGGGAUCACAGAGGAGGAUAUGCACAGGAAGACGCUCAGGUUGACUGUCUGCGAUGAGGACAAGUUGACUCAUAACGAGUUGAUCGGAGAGUCCCGGGUUCCCCUGAAGCGGGUCAAACCGGACCAGUCCAAACAUUUCCACACCUGCCUGGAGCAUCCGCCGCCGCUGCCGUCCCCCACCGCCAUGGGAGAAGCUCUGAGAGGAAUAUCCUGCUACCUGAGAGAGUGGGAGAAGGAGCAGCUGCACAGCCUGGAGGAGCGAGGCCGCCUGCUGCUCUCGCUGCAGUUCCUGCCCUCCGCUGACGGAGGCGAAGGGCGGCUCAGCGGCGCCCUCUGUGUCGGCGUGAGGCGCUGCGCUCACCUGGCGGCCAUGGACGUCAACGGAUUCUCUGACCCCUACGUCAAAAUAUACCUGAAGCCCGACAUGCAGAAGAAAUCCAAACACAAAACCGCCGUGAUGAAGAAAACGCUGAACCCAGAGUUCAACCAGGAGUUUUCCUAUGACGUCUCGCUGUCGGAGUUGGCCAAGAAAACUCUGGAGGUGACGGUGUGGGACCAUGACCUGGGACGGUCCAACGACUUCAUCGGUGGCGUCUUCCUGAGCUGCAGCUCUCAGGGCGACGCCCUUCGCCACUGGAUGGACUGCCUGAAGAACAAAGGUCAGCGGGUGGAGCGCUGGCACAUUCUGACCAAUGAGCUGCCGCGGAGCUCCAGCCACGACUAAGGACGCCGCCUGCGGUCGCCAUGACGCCGCCUGUGGUCGGCGCGCCUUCGUCUCUGAUCAUCUGGAAACGUUUUGGUCGCUGAGACUCCAGCAUGUUUACAGGAUCCGGGCGAUCCGCCCCGUCUUGGACCGACGCUUCACUCUCUGCAUGGAGCCAUUAUUAUUAUUAUUAUUGACUAUUGAUUAUUGAUUGUAUGAUUUGUGAAGUCUUGCAUUUCGGAGCCUCUAAAGUCCCACAGCAGCAUUAGACACAGUCAGAGGAGGCCGGCGACCUUUGACCUUUGCCCUGGUGAUGGAGCCGCCUUCAUCUGGUCCUUCAGGCUCCGCCCAUUUAUGGAGGAGAGGCUCCUCCCACCGUCUGACGGUCCGGUACCAGUCCAGUUCCAGGAGCUUCCAGAACCAGAGUCGUGAAAAACUUGAUGAAAUCUGAGUAAAUGUUAGCAACUAGAGAUUACUGAUAAUCCAGAUGACUGAUAAUCCAGAUGACUGAUAAUCCAGAUUACUGAUAAUCCAGAUGACUGAUAAUCCAGAUGACUGAUAAUCCAGAUUACUGAUAAUCCAGAUGACUGAUAAUCCAGAUGACUGAUAAUCCAGAUUACUGAUAAUCCAGAUGACUGAUAAUCCAGAUGACUGAUAAUCCAGAUUACUGAUAAUCCAGAUGACUGAUAAUCCAGAUUACUGAUAAUCCAGAUUACUGAUAAUCCAGAUUGCUGAUAAUCCAGCUGGCUCUUCAGGGUUCUGUGGUUCUUGUUUGCUCCACACGAUGUUUUUUUCAGGAUGGUGUCAAAGGUCAGCUGUUCCCAGGAAUCCAGAAAGAAAAUCGAUCCGGUGGAUCAGAAACGCUCGGCUCCACCAGGAUGACGGGAACAGCCGGAGAACGGGCAUCAAAGUUCGGCUCAACGAUCCGUCACAGAGCCAAACACGUCAACGUUAUUUCCUGUAGUUCUGGUGGUUCUGGUGGUUCACAUGGAAACCCAACGUCAGAUUAUUAAAUCAGAUUUUAUCCAGAAAUACCAGGUUCUGUCUCAGAAUUACUGCAUCAAUGCAGCGUGGCAUGGAGACCAGCUGGAGGUUCUGAUGAGGUUCUGGAGGUCCAGGUUGCUUUGGCAGCAGACCUUCAUCGUUGGUUCGGCCUCCUCUUCCUGACAGAACCUUUUGGAUCGUCUCUGAGGUUCUGACGCUGCGUUGACCGUAGGGUUCAGAAAACCCAGUGGACCAGAACCAGAACCAGUAGAUGGUACCAGAUCAUGACCAGCUGAGGAAACCUCCUGCAACCUGGUUCUGGUUUCGGUUCUGGUUCAUGGCUGCUGUCAUCUCUAGUACUGAUCAUUUUUUCCUUCCAGUCAACUUUCUGAGUCGGUAAAUGUUGGUUUUCGUUCUGUGAUCCAGAAUCAUCAAACGGAUCAGAACCGGGACGACUUUACUUUGAAAAUAGUAAAUUAUUGAACUGUUGGUUCAUUUUGUUAUUUUACUUUUGGACCAAAAUAUUUCACAUUUUUACAAGAUAAAAAUUCAUGAAAGAAACAAAAUCAAAUAAAUUCUUUUUUUUUCUGUUUGCUGAUUUGAUCUUCCAGCUCUUCCAUCAGCUGCAGCGCCUCCUGCUGGCCUCACUCAGAUUAACCCAGACUAGGAUUAGAAGGAGUUUUCUCAUUUAAUCUGAUUUCAUCUUUGGCUCCUUUUGAUUUAUUAACAUGAUUUAAUCUGUUUUAACCUUAAUCUGAGAUUCCACUGAUCUGAAUUUCCGAUUUAAUCUAAACUCCUUCAUAAUUUAAUCUGCAUUUCCUCUUGAUUCAUUUCCAGAUGAACCUUCAUUUAAUCUAGAAAUGAUCUUAAUUUAUUAUUUCCUGAUUUAAAUUAGUUUCUUCUUUAUUUGAUCUGUUUUCUGAUUUUACAUAUUUCAAUCUGAGUUGUAUGUUUUAAUCUGGGUUCCAUUAUAUUAAUCUGGAUUAUAUCCUGUUUUAAUCUGAGUCUUCUGAUCUAAUCUCCUUCCUCAGACUGAAACGUUGCUCUGCUCUUGUUGAUGAUGAAGAUGAUGGUAUAAAUUAAUCCAAGUGGUUCUUCCUCGUCGCUGCAUGGAUUACGUUGAUGUCCUGUUUCUAUGGUAACAGAAACUUCCGGUUGUGUUUACAUUUUUCUGCACGACUGAAUGUUGGACCGUGGCUCUGGAUCGGAUGGUGUUUUUCUGAAACAAUAAAUCCUGGCUGCAGCUCUG